ACGUAUCGCGCAUGGAAUCCACGUUGACCGGCUUAGUCUCAACACAUUUUCUACGACGAAGCAGUUUCUUUCAUCAAUACUUGACGAUGACAGUUGUUUAACUUACAGAACCUUGACGCCUGUUAUUUACUCAUCUAAAACUAAUGCUGUCAGACGCACCGUUUUUGAGUCCUUGGUCUUCUGAGGUACUCAUAAAAGGCGACUACAAACUUCCAGCUGCUCAACAAUCAGAUGAAGAAGAUGAAUUUGAUCUUUACAAUUUUAGGAAAAGGCUGUGUGUUGACAGUUUACAGUUGAAUGUGGCAGGUUCAGAGUGUAGCAGUGAGGAUUUAUAUGGAGAUGAUGACAGCUUGCUUAAUGAUAUUGAACUCUCUACAGCCUACUGCACUCUCGAGACAAACUUAAAUGAUGUUAUAGAUGCCACUGCCAUUGUUAAUGCAAGUUGGUGUGAUGAAGAGUGCCACUCCCCAGCUAAUACAAGCAGUAUAAACUCAAAUACUAACAACAACAGCAAAGGCAGCAGUACCAGUAUUGCCAUCAGCAGUGAGUUAUCAACUUCAUCUACAGCAUUGUGCACAAGUCCGACUUUUCCAACUUUACCAGAGGCCUCUCAAGCGUUCACAUGUUCUACACUGUCUCCUGCCAGUAAAUCAAGUCGAGCAAAAGCUGGCAAAAAUGGUCUGGUAAAGAAAUGGAAAAACAUGUCAUCAAGUGAUCGAUUAAAACUGAUUGAUGAGCUGUCAUUGACGAUCAGCCACCAGCUAGACCUUCGAGAGCAAAUGGAAAUUAUCAAGAUUAUCGACCCUUCUGCCAACCUCAACCAGCAACGUAUGGAGUUUGUGAUAGACUUGAAUGUGAUAGACGACGUUAAACUACAGAAGAUCCAGGACAUUGUCAACUUCCACUGUGUUCAAUCCUCCGACCACCUCGAUAACCAGUCUCAAGCAUCACCUAGUAAAAAGUUCUCAAAGAGAAGUAAAAACCAAGACAGACGACCACGAAUUGACAAACAUCGCGUACAAAAGGAAUAUCGCCAGAAAUUGAAAGAAAAGAGAAGUGGUUUGUUCGCUGUGGAGGAACGAAUGGCUGUCUCCUCGACUAGUAUGGAAGAAGAAAUAGAUGUGCUAGGAUGAUGUAGAUUAUAGGAAAAUGCCUUACAUGUCCUUUCUAGUACAAGCUAACUGUAACAAGCAUCGACUCUUAACCCAUUUUGCAAUUUAACAACAAGCGUUGUUCAUUACCAGAGAAAUUUAAAAGUUCAGCUUCAUAAACUAUUAUUGAAUGAUUUUUGUUCUAGUCAUUAUGAUUCAGUUACAUUACAUUGUAUAACAUCAAUCUGUAUAAUGGAAGUAAAAACACAUGGUCAUUCAUUGAUGUGAAAGGUUGGAAGUAAAACUUUGCAGCAUUAAAAAGGACAUAUAUGGUGUUGAAAUAAAGUAUUAUCAUACAUGCCAUAUUUUCUGGAGACCAUUCAGGGAGAUUUGUUCAAAAGUCUGAAAAUUCAGGGGGAUUUUGGUGGUAUUCAGGGGGAUUUUUUAAAAAAUAAAAAUUUCGAAGUAUUUUAAGACGCAAGUACGAAAAGAACAAAUUGCCAUAAUUUUGAAAGGCUCCCUAGGGGAUUAUGUCCAGAAUUUAAGGGGAUUUGGGUCACAUACCAGGGGAUUUUCAUCAUCGCCAUGUAGCAUUACGGGCAUACCACAUACGAAUUCACCUUGUUUACCCCUUUUUCCAGCACUUCAUCUUUAUUUUUAUGAGACACAGCCAUAUUGCAUAAUAAAGGCACUCACAUGCACAAUAGAAUACUUCACAGAAAAAUAUGUUUCAGAGACAAUUUAAUGGGCUUACCUUCCUCUAAAAUUGGAUACAAAAUCUGCUGCCUAUGAUCAUAAAUGAUGACAUUCAGACUAAUAGAGAGAAUGGAAUGAAUUAUCAAUAUUUUUCAUUUCAAUUCCCAAAUAGUCAGAUUUGUUUGCUUCUGAUAAAAAGCAAAUGCAUAAUUUAUUGUUUAAGUUCAUAAACAUAUCUUCUUUUGGCAUUCAUCAAAAAAUAAAAACAUCACCACCAUAAUAAAUAAAGUCAUUUCAUCCGAAUUGUCUACUUUCAGUUUCUCUUCUGGAAUUUCUGUUAUUUUCCGAUAUUUGCGAUGAAGGUCAAUGUCAUGUAUGUAAACAUAUUAGUGAGGCAUAACAAAAACAGCAUUGUCUAUUAGUUAUUUUAAUCCUUUUCUUUACUGAAUAAUUUACUGUCACCUUUAAAUUAUUAAUCCUUUUGAUGACAAUGACACAUGUUUUGAAGAACGCUUUAAUUUGUUACAUCCUCUCUGAUUGGAUAAAAAUGAUAGUUUUAACCAAUGAAAAUCUGGCCAGUCUAAUUUACAUUUCUUACGCAAAUUCUGUCAGUUUCAAUCAAAACAAUGCAUGAAAUGUGCCCUGCUGAUUUAUUGAGUGUCACCCAAUAGGUGUUGUUAAAACACACCAUCAGUUGAUAAUCCAAUUAAGCUUCAGGACAGGAAGGGCAUUAUAACUGUAAACAGGCAUAUAUAAUUAAACACUGUGAUAAAUUUGCGUAAUUUUAAACACACUUUUUUUAAAUUCCGGGGGAUUUUAUCCCCCUCCGGGAGACCGGGGGAUGGGUCGAAAUUCCGGGGGAUUUUUCCCCCCUCCGGGGGAUAUGGCAUGUAUGUAUUAUGAGCAGCUACUUACAGAAUAAGAUUAAGACUACGCUUAGUGAAUAAUUUGUGACAUGACAGUUGAUUUAAGCCAGGUACUGUGCACUAGUACUAUAUUAUAUAAUACAAAUAUUUCUUUGUUAUCAUGUUAAGUUUGGCAUAUAACAAUGAAAAAAUACCCUUGUUAUGCAAAAGAUCAUGUUUGAUAUAUUUUCAUUUCUAUGUUUAAAUGAUUUAUACUCAUUCUGGUUUCCUUUAAACUUACAAUGCAUAGUCAAUCUUUGAUCUCGAAACCCAAAUCAAGUGAUAGGGUUAUUGUAAACUUUGAAGUUAAAAUGUUAUUUGCAUAAUCAAUUUUACCAAAAAGAGGAGCACAAAAAAUAGUAUUUAUAAAGUUAUAAGAAUAUAUAUUUAAUAAGAAUGAAAUGCAUGUCAAAAUUGAUAAAUUUGAAAAGAAAUAAUCACAAUAGGUUCCAUUUUAAAGUGUUCAACAUCCACGAUAUUUAAUGUUAUAAAUGUGUGCUACAGUCGGUUUUAGACUGCCAAAACCAAUGUGCUCAUUUAUACUUGUACAUGUUUUAUCAUCCUCUGCAUUCCUUUAAAAUAUUUUUUUAAGUGUUUAUCAAUUUAAUGCAAUUGAGAUAUUUUUGCAUGUUAUUUUCUACAAUUAUGGUUUGAAAAAGUUUGGAAAAUCUUGAAAGAAAAAAUAAAAGCUUGAAUAAUGAA